GUGGGCGGAAGUACAAAGCUGCUGUGUAAUGCUCCAGUGGAAUUAGCAUCCGCAGCCUCUGUUUUCUUUUUGUAUUUUUGGAUACAUUUUAAAGAUGCCAGAUUAUUUAGGAGACGAUCAGAGGAAGAUUAAAGAAGAAGAGAAAGAUGACGGCCCCAUCAGAGCUUUGGAUGAAGGAGAUAUUGCCCUGCUGAAAACAUAUGGUCAGAGCACAUACUCAAGGCAAAUCAAACAAGUAGAAGAUGAUAUUCAACAGCUGCUCAAGAAAAUCAAUGAACUCACAGGCAUUAAGGAGUCAGACACAGGCCUGGCUCCUCCGGCUUUGUGGGACCUGGCGGCAGACAAACAGACUCUACAAAGUGAACAGCCACUGCAGGUGGCAAGAUGCACAAAAAUCAUCAAUGCCGACUCUGAAGACCCCAAAUACAUCAUCAACGUGAAACAGUUUGCAAAGUUUGUGGUGGACCUGAGCGACCAGGUGGCUCCCACAGACAUUGAGGAGGGCAUGAGGGUCGGAGUCGACAGAAACAAGUACCAGAUCCACAUCCCUCUGCCUCCAAAAAUUGACCCCACAGUCACCAUGAUGCAGGUGGAGGAGAAACCUGACGUGACCUACAGCGACGUCGGAGGAUGUAAAGAACAGAUUGAGAAGCUCCGAGAAGUGGUAGAGACUCCGCUUCUCCAUCCCGAGCGCUUUGUGAACCUGGGCAUUGAGCCUCCCAAAGGUGUGCUGCUGUUUGGACCUCCAGGAACCGGUAAAACUCUGUGUGCUCGAGCUGUGGCCAACCGCACAGACGCCUGCUUCAUCAGAGUCAUCGGGUCUGAGCUGGUUCAGAAAUAUGUGGGAGAGGGGGCGAGGAUGGUACGAGAGCUGUUUGAAAUGGCACGUACAAAGAAAGCCUGCCUCAUCUUCUUUGAUGAAAUCGAUGCCAUCGGAGGUGCUCGUUUUGAUGAUGGUGCAGGCGGAGAUAAUGAGGUCCAGAGGACGAUGUUGGAGCUCAUUAAUCAGCUGGACGGCUUUGACCCGAGAGGAAACAUAAAGGUCCUGAUGGCCACAAACCGCCCGGACACACUGGACCCGGCUCUGAUGAGGCCUGGCCGUCUGGACCGAAAGAUUGAGUUCAGCCUCCCCGACCUGGAGGGGCGCACUCACAUCUUUAAGAUCCACGCUCGCUCCAUGAGUGUGGAGAGGGACAUCCGCUUUGAGUUGCUCGCCCGACUCUGCCCCAACAGCACAGGUGCUGAGAUCCGUAGCGUGUGCACAGAAGCUGGCAUGUUCGCGAUUCGAGCCAGAAGAAAAAUCGCCACUGAAAAGGAUUUCUUGGAGGCUGUGAACAAAGUCAUCAAAUCUUAUGCCAAGUUCAGCGCAACCCCAAGAUAUAUGACUUAUAAUUAAACCCAUCUAAAACGUUGUACUGUCUCUAAAGCAGAAAACACAGUCUGGAUUUUGUUGUUGUUUAAAAAUAAAGUUUAUUCAACAUU